GUGUGUGUUUUCAUGUGCUCUUUAUAUAUUAAAAUAAAUUAAAUAUAAUUAAUCUAUUAUUAAAUAAACAAUCAUAACAUUGUUAAUAAUAAUUAAUAAAAAUUUAAAUAAUUAAAAUAUAAGAACAAAAUGGUACAACGGCUGACGUUCAGACGACGAUUGUCGUACAACACCAAGAGCAACAGAACCCGUGUUGUUCGUACACCAGGUGGUAAACUCGUUUAUCAAUACUUGAAGAAACCCAAGAAGAUACCAACAUGUGGUGGAUGCAAAGAAAAACUUAGAGGUAUUCAACCAGCUCGUCCUAUGGAACGUUCACGUAUGUGUCGUCGUAAAAAGACCGUAAAACGUGUCUAUGGUGGUGUACUUUGUCACAGAUGUGUUAAAGAAAGAAUCGUUCGUGCUUUUCUCAUCGAAGAACAAAAAAUUGUUGUCAAAGUAAUCAAAGCACGUCAAGCCUCUGUUAAAACAAAAAAAACAGAAAAGUAAAUUUGUAAUUAUUUUUUUUUUUUUAAUUGAAAAUAAAACAACAAAAUAUUAAACAAAUU